ACAUCGACCAUCUCCCUCACUUGGUUCUGCCACUUCAAGAAACCCUGCCCCAUCCAACAACCCUAGAAACGCUCCUCUGACUCCCCUUCGCCUCUCCAUCUCUCUCAGGCGAGCGGAAGGCGCGGAUGUCUUCGACCCUCCUGGAGGUGACGCGCUCCGCCCACGAGGACGUGGAGCGGCUCGAGCGGCUCAUCGUGCGGGAGCUCCAGCGCGAACCGGCCAACAACCGGGACCGCCUCUUCCAGAGCCACCGCGUCCGCCACAUGAUCGAUGUCAUCACCAGCACCACCGAGAAGCUCAUUGAUAUAUACGAGGACAAGGACAAUGCGAGGAGAGAUGAGAUUGCGGCGCUCGGAGGGCAGACCGCAAGUGGCACAACCAAUCUCUUCAGUGCGUUUUAUGAUCGUCUUAAGGAGAUUCGUGAUUACCACAGAAGACAUCCAGCUGCUCGCGUGGUUGAUGCUACCGAGGAUAAUGAAGAGUUACUAAAGGAAGAACCACAUAUUGAGUUCAGUGGCGAGGAAGGUUUUGGUCGAUACCUAGACAUGCAUGAAUUAUACAAUGAGUACAUCAAUUCAAAAUUUGGUGAGACCAUGGAGUACACUGCAUUUUUGGAUUCAUUUUCACAAACGCAAAAAGUUCCUUGCAAUCUAAAGUUGAGCAGGCAGUACAGAGAAUAUUUGGAGCAUGUUCUGGAAUAUUUAAUAUCAUUUGUGGAGCGUACUCAGCCGCUUCAAGAUCUGGAUAGGCUAUUCGCCAAGGUGGGAACUGAGUUUGAACAACUGUGGGCUGAUGGAACGGUUUUGGGAUGGGAAAAUAAGGGUUCAGAAGAUGGUCUUAUUCAGUCUCAGGAAGCUGUGAUUGAUCUUGAUUAUUACAGUUCUGUUGAAGAACUUAUGGAAGUUGGACCUGAAAAAUUGAAAGAGGCCUUGGCUGCUCGGGGAUUGAAAACUGGUGGUACACUUCAGCAGCGUGCAGAGCGGCUAUUUUUGACAAAGUACACACCUUUAGACCAACUGGAUAGAAAACAUUUCACCAAAGGCUCACGAAACACACAACAAAAUGGUGCUGCAGAGCAGAUGAGUUCCAAGAAAGAAAUUGCUUUAAUGGAGGCAAAGUUGCAACGAAUAUGUGAGUUACUAAAAGAGGUUAUUGAACAAACAAAAGAAAAUGUUGAAAAGAAACAAGCUUUAACAUAUGAGGAAAUGGAAGCAGAACGGGAAGAGGAGGUUAUACAAGCUGAUACAGAAAGUGACGAUGAAGAGCAGCAGAUCUACAAUCCUCUCAAGUUACCUAUGGGUUGGGAUGGGAAGCCUAUUCCCUACUGGCUUUAUAAGCUUCAUGGACUUGGUCAGGAAUUCAAAUGCGAGAUAUGUGGGAACCAAAGUUACUGGGGACGAAGGGCAUUCGAACGCCAUUUCAAGGAGUGGCGUCACCAGCACGGAAUGCGAUGUCUCAAUAUUCCCAACACCAAGAACUUCAAUGAGAUCACAUCCAUCCAGGAAGCCAAAGAACUUUGGGAGAAAAUCCAAGAACGACAAGGAUUGAGUAAGUGGAGGCCAGACCUUGAAGAAGAGUAUGAAGACAGGGAAGGGAACAUCUACAAUAAAAAAACCUUCUCGGAUCUGCAGCGGCAGGGCCUGAUUUAAAAACCUUAACGGAUCUGGUACGUUAUUUUUCAGUGUUUGAUUUUGGAAGUCGCGUCAAAGAUUUUUAGCGUUAUUGUUGGUUGGAUGAUAGAUAUAUCCUCAACUCAUUAUUAAAAAUUUUCCAGAAGGGCCUGUGGAUGGUAGUUUCUACUUUUUUUUUA